CUCUGGUGAUUAGGGUUAGGUUACAACCAAUCCUGCUAUAUAUUCAACACACCACACCACCUCCCAGCACUUAACUCUCACUCCUCAAACAACUGGGCAUCAGAGGCAAAGAAAAAAAUCAAAUCAAAUCAAAAUGGAGCAAACAUUCAUCAUGAUCAAGCCCGAUGGGGUCCAGAGAGGCCUGGUUGGUGAGAUUAUUGGCAGAUUUGAAAAGAAAGGAUUCACUUUGAAAGGUUUGAAGCUGCUGACUGUGGAACGCUCUUUUGCUGAGAAGCACUACGAGGACCUGUCUUCAAAGCCCUUCUUUGGUGGGCUUGUUGAGUACAUCAUCUCUGGCCCCGUUUGUGCUAUGAUCUGGGAGGGUAAGAAAGUUGUUACCACUGGCCGCAAGAUCAUUGGGGCAACCAAUCCUGCUGAAUCUGCUCCUGGAACCAUCCGUGGUGAUUAUGCUAUUGACAUUGGCAGGAAUGUCAUCCACGGAAGCGAUUCAGUUGAGAGUGCAACCAAGGAAAUUGGACUAUGGUUCCCUGAAGGCCCUGUUAACUGGCAGAGUAGUGUUCACCACUGGGUCUAUGAAUGAAUUUCUGUUUGAUUGAACUGGCUAUAGCUGUCCUUCCUUGGACGGUUCUCUGUUCCCUUGUUAGUGAACCUCCUAUCAAAUUUCGAGUUAAAUUUAGCUUGAUCUUGGUUUUGUGGCUACUUUUAUAACCAGUCGCACAUAAUUGCGAACUGUAUUAUUGAUAAGUUAAGCUAUUUGGUUGACUAUUUUAUGAA